AUCGACGACCCCUGAUAUUCCUUCCUCCACCAUCGAUCUACCCCCUCUUCCAGUCCCGAUUCUUCUCCAUUACUCUCUUAUGUCUGAGCUCAUCUUCAUCGGAAGCUAGCUCUUGGCCAUUCGAACCAAUCAUUCCUCUUGGCCAUUCGAACCAACCAUUCAUGGCGUCACUAAGCUUCGCUCCCCCAACCAUUCAUGAUCUGUACAGAAUCGGCGGCGCGGGUCGGUCUAUGCAACUUCAAGCUCGUGGUCGACGCCGACGGUGAGAAUGGAAGCGCGGCAGCUGAGCCAGAUCUGAGCAUGACGGUGAAUGGAUUGCAGAUGCCUAAUCAGUUCGUGAUCGGGUCCAGUCUCCUCGAGACCAACUCUCUGUCUUUCUUACUCUCUUUUGUCUUCUCCACCGCCUUCCAACUUCCUUCUUCCUCCUCCUUUUAUUCUCCGAUUCUUCUUGUAUACCUCUCCAAUUACGAAGCCAUCGUCUCCUUCUUCCCCGAGCUCUGCCGCACUAAUCCCUUCCAAGGCCAUCAUCUCCUUCUUCAGCGAUCCCAGAUUUUGAAUUUCAGUAAGGCCUAGUGGGUCUGGCAGUGGCGGGCAUUUGUGGGUGGGUUUCGCGGAGGAAGUGGAAGGCCCCAUGGGAGGAAGGCGGAAGGCGAACCAAGACUCGGAAUCAACUGAAAACCCUAAAAGGAACUCCACAUCCAAACCCAGAUCUGAUCCGAUGACCUGAGUCUCGCGGUCGGGUUUAUCUCUUGUGUUUGAGAUUUACAGGCGGCAGCCGCAGCUGUGAAAUCGCUACAGUUAUGUGUGCUCCGGCGGGCUUGUUGCGCGCAGUAGAGAAACAGAUUGGGUGACACGCAGAGUGUGAAGUGCUUGAACCUUGAAAUGGAUGGGUGAGAGACCCAGUUCGCUGGAUUAGAUAUGGGAAUGAGAAUUUUUUGGAGAUUUGGAAAAGAUUUGGAAGAUUGAAACUUCAAGCUGGAUUUGGGUUCUAUAAAUGGUUAGAAAUCGC